AUCUGUAUAUUUCUUCAGUAACUUUUUUCUUUCCUCUUUCUCCCUAAAGGUCCAUCAUUCAGCUAAUUUCAAAUGCUAAAAAAAUAGAAGUGCUGCAUAUGUACAGUAAAUGACAUCCUCUAUCCUGACAUUCCUCAAUUCACCUGGUUAACUUCACACAUAUAAAUAUUGUCUCAUCAUACCAGGAAGGUAAUAGGAGCAGGGGAGGAAAGUAGUAAUAUUUCAGCUACCUGCAUCCAUUGUGGCUCUGGUCUGCUGGUCUGAUCUGGUCUGCUGUUAUGAGAGUCUUAUGUGAUAACUAGAGAGAUUCUUGGAUAUCAGUUAGGAGACUACAGUUGCAAGUUGCACUGCCCAGAGGAUCCCACCAUGUCAUCAUUCAAAUUGAAGUCUGGUGAUACGGAAUUCAACACUCGGGUGGAUGCACUCUUCUCCUCCCUCCAGACAGCGGCUAAGGACCUUGAGCCACAGUUGAAACGGAAGCAUGAAGAGGAGGCUGAACAGGAGGAGGAGGAGGAGGAGGAGACAGAGGACAGCAGAGAGAAGCAGCCCUUCAGACGGCCACAGGGACGUCCCCCACUGUGGCGAGGGCGUGGGGGUGGCAGGGGUAGAGGAAGAGGAGGACCAAGGAAUAGUACACCAGACUACAUAAAGAAUCCACAGAAGUGGACCCGGUACAACAUGCAUGACACUCAUGUGCUGAGCGACUCGGAGAAUAAACGGGAGGGGCUGAGGCUGCUGGCUGAUCUGGAGGCAAGGACUGACAAGGACAAGGCUGUAGCAGACCAGGACAUGGAUACUGAGGAAGAUUCAUGUCCCAAGAUCAUCUUCAAAAAACCAUCUGUUUCCUCUUCUAUUGAGCCUAAGUAUUCCAAGCCAGCAGAAGAUAAGAAGGAGGAGGAGGUUAUGGAAAUGCUCAACACAGAAUUGGGAAGUUCAAAGAAAUUUGUAAUGCCAGAGUAUGUGGUUGGCAAGAAAAAGCCAAAAUCAAAGGGAAAGCUAGCCAGUGAAGAUAAAGUUGCCAAUGAAAGGGAGAAAAAAGAAGUCAAACUGAGUUACUUGAUGUUUGAGGAAGAAGAUUAACCUCUUGGAUAUGGUUCAUAAUUUGUAUUUUUAUUUAUUUUUUUAUUUAUUUAUUUUUUUUUUUUUUUAAUUAACAGCAUUGAUUUUAACUUACCAAGGACCAUCAUGAUUUAUCAGUUGGAUCAAGUUCUAGUUUAAAAAAAGUAUGCACUCACCUUUCCUGCUACAAUUAUAAUCAAGUGCAAUGCACAGCUGUGAAAAAAAAUUCCUGUAUGUUUGUGUGUGUGUGUGUGUGUGUGUGUGUGUUGUCAUCUUUGUGCAGUUACAGAUUUCAUUGAAUCCUUUUGAAAGCUAAAUAAAUAAUUAAAUUAU